AUGGAGUCAAACUUGAGUUUGCAGGUCACCUUGGCCCCCCAGGCACCGAUCCUCAAGGCACAUGAAGCAUUUGCUCUACCAAUCAAAGUUUCUGUUCAUAAUGCCGCAGAUUCACCAGUCACCAUUUUAAGAUGGGGCACCCCAUUGGACCCUCAGGCUGGUGUUCUCGGUGUCUUCGAGAUUUGUGACACAACGGAGCAACGGAAACUGUCCGUUCCUACUAUUAUGGUAUCACGCAAGCUACCUGCCUCCGAAAAUGAUCUCGUUGAGAUACAAGCACGGCACACCGUUGAUGUAACUGUCAAUUUGCCGAUCCCAGGCCUCGAAAAGGGACAUGAAUAUUCUAUUCGUGCACAGGGAACUUGGCAUGCGGUGUGGCCAACUGAAUUAUCCAAUGUGACUACAUCACAACUCAGAGAUAAUGAAGGUGCCAAUCGCGGGCACUUCCUUUCUAAUGAGUCCUCUGUGAGCAUUGAUUGA